UCCCGUGCCGGUGCCGCCCGUUCCCGGCGAGGCGGAGCGGGACAGCUUCGGCAGACGGCACAGCAGCAUGUGGCUGUACGCAGCGCUCUUCCUCCUCGUCCUCCUCCUCUCCGUCUUCGUCCUUCUCGUCCGGGUCCUGCUGGACUCGGGGAGGGGACCCAGCCCCUUCGCCACCGAUGCCCGCCGCCCGCCCGCCCCGCUCGUCACCGACAAAGCUUUCCGCAGGACCGUGGUCAAGACAGCUUUCUCAGCAGACAAAGUGCCCGCGGGGCUGGACGCCAUCGUGAUCGGCAGCGGCAUCGGGGGGCUGGCGGCCGCCACGCUGCUGGCCAAGGUGGGCAGGAAGGUGCUGGUGCUGGAGCAGCACGGGAAGCUGGGGGGCUGCUGCCACACCUUCACCGAGAAGGGCUUCGAGUUCGACACCGGGAUCCACUACGUGGGGCAGAUGCAGGAGGGCUCUCUGGCUCGCCUGAUGCUGGACCAGCUGACGGAGGGGCAGCUGGAGUGGAGCCGGCUGCCGGCCGCCCACGACGCCGUGGUGCUGGGGGAGCCCGGGGCCGGUGCCCGAACGUUCCGCAUCCAUUCCGGGCAUCAGGAAUUUUUCCGGUCCCUGAAGGAGCAGUUUCCCGGGGAGGGAGCGGCAAUCGAUGAGUUCGAGCGGCUGGUGAAGGGCGUGGACAGGGGCAUGCUGCUCUUUGGCCUCCUGAAGCUGCUGCCCAGGGCUCUGGCCAGGCUGCUGUGCUGCUCGGGGCUCCUGCCCUGGCUCUUCUCCUUCUGCCAGCUGGCCCCACGCACCCUGAAGGAUGUGGUGGAUGGACUCACACCCAACCCUGAGCUCAGAGCUGUCCUCAGCUACCUCUUCCCCACCUACGGGGUGAUCCCCUCCAGGGCCAGCUUCACCAUGCACAGCAUCCUGGUCAACCACUUCCUUGAUGGUGCCUGGUACCCCAAGGGGGGCGCUGGGGAAAUCCCCUUCCACCUGGUCCCUGUCAUCCGGAGGAGCGGAGGCAACGUGCUGGGGAAGGCACCGGUGGAGAAGAUCCUGCUGGACUCCCAGGGCAGAGCUUGUGGUGUGAGUGUCAGGAAAGGCCAGGACCUGGUGAACAUCUUUGCUCCUCUGAUCAUUUCGGAUGCUGGCAUCUUCAACACCUACGAGCGGCUCCUGCCCGCAGAGGCUCAGGCACUGCCAGGGAUCCAGGCUCAGCUGGGCAGGGCUGUGCACGGCGCAGGAGGCUUCACCGUCUUCGUGGGCGUCCGAGGCUCGGCCGAGGAGCUGGGGCUGCAGCCCACCAACUACUUCGUGUACCCGGACAGCGACCUGGACGCGAUCGCCCAGCGCUACCUGGCUGCCCCCCGGGAGGAGGCUGCCAGGAGCAUCCCUCUGCUCUUCGUCACCUGCCCCUCGGCCAAGGACCCCACCUGGGAGAGCAGGCACCCAGGCAAAUCCACCUUGGCCAUAGUGACCUUCGCCAGGUACGAGUGGUUUGAGGAGUGGAAGGACAAACAGGUCCACAAGAGGGGAGAUGAUUAUGAGGACCUGAAGAAGAGCUUCCUGGACAGUGUCAUGAGUACUGUCUUCAAGCUCUACCCUCGCAUCGAGGACAGGAUAGAGUACAUCUCCAGUGGGACUCCCCUCACCAACCAGCACUACAUUGGCAGCCCCAGGGGUGAGUUCUAUGGCAUUGACCACAACGUGGAGCGCCUGCAAGCCGAGGCCAUCGCUGCCAUCCGCCCACAGACAGCUGUCCCCAACCUCUUCCUGACAGGGCAGGAUCUGUGCCUGGGUGGCUUCAUGGGAGCCCUGCAGGGAGCUGUCAUCUGUGCCAGCGCCGUCCUGCAGCGCAACCUCUACGUGGACCUGGUGAGGCUCAGCAAGAGCCUGCAGGCCUCCAGUGCCAAGAAGGUGGCCUGAGGCUGCUGCCCCACGGGCAG